CUGGGAGAGGCUGACAUAACCGAAGAUGCAUCAUCAAGAAUCAAUGUGGUUGACCCGCCUGAACCGUUAGACGGUUUGGCUCGGUCCCCCGGAGAUGGAAAGAGGGUAAAGAACUGUGAAUUGAGAGAUUUUGUUAUGGCUUUUAAUCUAAAAGCAGAACUUAUUGAUCUAAAGAUUCACACCUUUUGGUUAAUUCUGCUUUUGUUUGUGUUUUUUGUUGUUGUUGUGAGAAUACAGUUUCUGAAAUUGUCAGAAACUUGUAGCAUUUGUUCUUAGUUCCUACAAAACUGAUUCAGAUCAAUAUAUACACUUAGAUUCUAUA